AUGCACAAGGAAGAUCAUGGCCGAAGAAAACCAAAGCAGAUCGUGUCAACUGCGGGGAGCAACGGCAACGGCAACGCAAACUUCAAUCAGCAACACGGGGAAGUAAGCUCAGGCCCGGUGGACUUUUGUGAAGUGUUCCGAAGCGGAAACGCUGUGAGUCUGAUGCAUCUGGGUAUACCCGCCCACGCUACUGCUACAGAACUGGAGAUGCGUGCUAGCCUCCGAGGAAGAUCUCCUCACCGUCUCACGACGCCAAUGCCCAUCGUGUCAGUUGGUUGGCUAGCGGCCCUUGCAUCCCUUCUCCUUUUGGCCAGGCACACUCAUGUUGCUGAUCGAAUGUUUUUGGUCGAGCAAAACACCAAGAGCCAAAUCUCACGAUAG